CAUACCCGUGUGGUGGCUACCUUUCUUGUGCCUUGUAUUUACACAUAUUUUGAUUAUUUAUUUACCUUGCCACAAAAUGCACCUUCACCACAUCAUUUAAUACUCAAAAAAUAUAGUCGAGGAUACCAUAAAAAAGAGGGACAAAGUGUGUGAGAGAUAGCAAGAAAAUUCACAUUGUACCAAUUGGUUUUUGCAGCUCCGGUGUCUUUCACAAUAACCUCAAGAAAUCACCCUAAAUCAAUCAAACUCCUCAACAGCACUUGUGCCGAAAUAUUUCAGUGUGGUCAUUUCUCUCGUCUUUUCGCGCCAUUAGCCAGGUAUCCAUUCAAGUGAUUCAUCGCACCACAAUUACUCAAUAAGAAAGUUAAUAGAAAGAGUGUUUUGAUACCUAAAUUGUCGAGAUUAAUCAAAUGUGCUCCUAAAACCACCUACACAUUCAGUUGGAUACUUCAGCCAUUGAGGAACUCAAGAAAAGAAAACAUCUCAAAAAAUUAUCCAUACAAAAUCGAAAGUGUUUCUAAUUGUAAAUGCAGCAAUAGGGACCAAUUUUAUUUAAAUUAACACCAACAAAAAAAAACCUCAAAGAAUAAAAACUUUUAUCCGUAAAAGACAAUUAAUAAUAAAAAACAAACCUAAACAUUGUGCAAAGAAGUGUGUUUUGGUGUAUCACAAAUCAAUAUAAUUGCCUUCAGUGUCAAAAGCUAAUACCCUUAAUGGUAUGUUUGGUAAAAAGAAAAAUCAGUGGAACAGUUUCGCCAGCUAUGAUAAAUUGAAAGAGUUGAAUGAUGAAAAAAAGAGAAUUUAAUUAAUUAGUGUUGAAGUUGUUUUUAACCAUUAUAUUUUUUUCUCAUAUAAUCCCGCAUCUCUUUACAUUUAAUACAAAAAAAAAAACAAAGAUUUGUACUAUAAAGUAUUUAGUGCAUAACUGGUGCAUUUUUCCGGUCAAUCUGGACACACGAGAAGAAAACCACACAUCUUUAACCAAUAAAAUUCCUUCAAGUGCAAGAUAAAAAAAAACGAGAGCCAACACACCAUAAAAUCCACGAGUUAUGCAAAUUCGCACUAUCGCAUUGAAAUACAAGCGAGACUUGCAAAAAAUCAAUUGAAAUCUCGAGCUUUUUUAUUGUUUCUUCUAUAGAGAGACCUUUUGCCUACCUAUCCAUAUAGUUUGUAUACGCGGAGGUGGUUUUUCUACUUCUUCGUUUACCAAUUCAUCUGGAUAACCACCCGAGAAUUGUUUUAAUAAAUUCUUUUUCUUGUGACUUUCAAUUAAUUCAAACCUGUCUCUCCUCUCAGUUACCAUCAACACCAUUCCCAGAGACAUUUAUAAAAAAGAUCUGCAUAUAAGAAUAAGUUAAAGUGUAUUUAAACUUUGAACUACAUAGACAAGAAAGACAGAGUGUUAUAGGAACUAGAUCAGUGUGUAUGAAAGACAAGAAAAUCAGUGCCAAAAUUAUAUUUGUACCAAGAAUCACAAUGUGGGCCUUAAAGGCCAGCCUUUUUAUUGGAUUCCUCACACUUGUGUCAGGAGCUGGUCCAGUACGACCGGGUACGGGUAAUCCGUCCCCACGUCUACCACGUACCAGUGCAAGUCAGCUUCUACAUGCCAACUCCACAGGAUUUAAAGCGCCACCUUCGGCAAAGAAUCAGACAAACCACGGGAGGCCAACACUGAGAACAAGGGAACAACAACUUCUGAACGUGUUUGAAGUUGUGGUGUCAACACUCGAGGGAAAAUUGCAGCGAAUCGACAAUCUCGACAAAGCGGUUGAGCAUCUAAUGAGACGAGUCGAGGCACUCGAUAGUCGUGUUGCGGACAACAUUCACAAGAAUGACGUUGUCAUUUCGAAAUUACUCUCACUGGACAAUCGAUUAGCCUUCGAUGGCAAAGCAUCCGAUGCACCCGCUAAAGGAAGCCUACUGGACACGCGCUUGGUGCUGCUUGACCAGAAACUCCUCGAAAUUGACAGUAAACUGGAAGUGCUGAAGAAUCAAAUUGAUUCAAAUUUCCUACCUGUGGACGACAUAAAUGCCGAGGCGAGUGAGAAGAAACCAAUUAGUAUGAAUGUAAUUGAAAUAACAAAAUCCAUGAAUGCCGAAGUAAUACAGCAUGUUUCCAAGGAAUUGGAUCAAUUGCGCACAUCGACCGAUUCAAUUGACAAGAAAUUGCAAUUCCACAUUAAUAUCGCCUCGGAGAAUUUGGGUAAAAUGCUGAGACAACUCAAUGAUAUUCACGAAGCUGUUGUUGAUCAACAGGAACUCCCAAUGCCACAUUUCAAUGCAACCACAACAACUGCCCCACCCCCAAUGGUAAAAGCCAGCAAAAUUGAUGUUCUCGUGCGCCAAAUGCGCCCAAUCAUGACUGUGUCGGAGAAGAUGGAUGAGGUGUGGGACGUUGUUGUUGGUACAAAGAGUUCCGUGGAUGAUCUCGUGCCAAAAUCUGAUGCCCUCCUCACAAAUACCCAGCGUCAGGAGCGUGCCAUAGGUGAAAUCCAUCAGGAUUUGCGAGCCAAGACAAAUUUAAUUAUCGAAAAUCUCGAUAUGGUCGAGAAGAGGCUGAAAAAGCAAGAGGAUGAUGUUGCAGUGCUGGCCCAGAGGCCAGUACCCGCUGAACUUCUCAUGGAUCCAACCAUUGAUCGCCUCGUCGAAUACGAUCCUAAUCGGUAUUCUAUCGUGGAAGACUUCACAGAAGCUUUACCAACAACGACAUAUCCUUCAGCAAGUACAUCGACAACGGCGAAAACGACGACGACAACGACAACGACACAGAGUUCACCAAGUAUAGCAGUUAACACGGUAAACGCAGUGUCAAACUCAUCAACGACAUCCAAACCACUGUCACGAAAAGGUGGAAUAAUUUUCCCGAGUGUUAAGAAUAAACCUUCUGUGGUUACCACCUUCACUACCGAUAUAUUGAGCUUUAAGGAUGUCAAGGGUUUCUCAUGCGUGGACCUACUUAACGCUGGAAUGCGACAAUCUGGAGUUUAUUAUUUGCAAAUUCGUGGUACAACAUAUUGGUUCCUCAAAGUAUUCUGCGAACAGGAGAUUGGCGAUGGUGGAUGGACGGUAAUCCAGCGGCGUGAUGACUUUGGUGAGCCACGAGAGAACUUCAAUCGCGAUUGGGCAGACUACAAGAAUGGCUUUGGCGAUCCAUCAAAGGAAUUCUGGUUGGGCAAUGAAAACAUCUACAUGCUGACAAACAAUGAAGAUUACGCGCUGCGUGUAGAAUUGGAGGACUUUGAGGGAAACAAGAGAUACGCGCAAUAUUCACACUUUAAGAUUCACUCAGAAGCGGAUUACUACAAACUAGAGAUUGAUGGAUACGAAGGCAAUGCCGGUGAUUCGCUAAACGAUCCAUGGUAUGGAUCCAAUAAUAGUCCAUUCUCCACAUACAAUCGUGACAAUGAUAGAAGUUCCCUGAACUGCGCAAGUAUGCUCAAGGGUGGUUGGUGGUGGAAGUCCUGCGGACGAGGCCUCAACGGGCUGUACCUGCACGACCCACAAGACUUGACGGCGCGACAGGGAAUCGUGUGGUUCCGCUGGCGCGGCUGGGAUUACACGCUCAAAAAGGCCACAAUGAUGAUCCGGCCACGGCCACAACUCGCGACGUCGUAAAGGUGCCGCGUGUGUGUCAUUUUUAGGUGAACAAAGUAUAAAAAAAAAGAAAACUCCUAUUUAAAUGAAAAACAAUUCGUCCCACAUGCAAAAUUCCUUUCGAAGCAACUCUUCCGGUGAUUGUGUCCCACCAGCAUCCUCCUGAAUUGCUCUCUCGCUCUCUCCCACUUUACCAUUCAACCGCUCCUCCGGGAGAAGUCCAAAGAAGGAGGGUGGUGCGUGGGAUGCAGGAGGAAGAGAUAUGAAAAUUUAGUUGAUAUUCAAAUGAUUUUGAGUGCAAUUGAGGGAAAAACAAAACAAAAAAUACUCCAAUUUAUUUUUCUCUUGAGGAAAAAAAAUUCUCGCGAGCAACUUUCGAGGGAUUUCUGUGGAUUUCAGUAUUUUAUCUUCGUGUAUAAAGAAAAAUCACAUUCCACCCUCUACUCUUCUUUCCCCCCUUUGCUAAUUCGUGUGUCAUCAUUCUCAUUCGAUUUCAUUAAGUGUUUUUUUUUAUUUGUUUUUAAUAAAUUAUUUACUCAUGUUGACCAUUUUUUUUUACAUCAUAAAACAUUCAUUUUGAUCGCAACAUCGAGCAUAAUUCCUCUCUCUAAAAAAACCUCUUCCUGUGAGCAUUUUGCAAUAGAAAAUUUUAUCUUGAUGUUUGCCCAGUUUCCCUGAAAAUGUGGAGACGCGGGGGCCCCACGAAGAGCCCCACAGAAAACAAAAUUAGAAGAUAAAAUAGUUGUUGACAAAUGAAAAAAAAAAAACUUGCCGAUUUAUUGUAACCAAUUUUAGCAGUUAUGUUAGCAAUUAAUGUUAAAAUAUUUUCUAUGUAAAUAUCGUUUGUAUGAAGUAGUUUGUAAAUGUCUAUUUUGUAUGAAAAUUGUAGUUAAAAAAAAACUCUAAAUAAAUAAGUUUUUGAGAAAAA